GGGUACAACUAAUUAAUCAACCUCUUCCUCUAUAAUCACUCUAUUAUCAAGUGGAUUAUAUUAAUUAACAUAAGCAUGCAUGCAUGGCCCCUCAAUCAACCUAACACCGCUUAUGGUGCUCUCCCUCACACUCUCAUUCCCCAAACAACUAUUUAUACCCUUCUCUUCUCCCCUUUGUUCCCUCACACACUAGCCAAAUAAAACAAAUUAAAUAAAAAAACCUCCAAAAAAAUAUUAUUUAUUAAAAUAAAAAAAUAAAAAAAAUGGCAAAAAAUUUUGGACUCAACCUUUUCCUUGUCAUGGUUUCCCUAGUGGCCAUGGCGGCUCUGGCCAACGGCCAGGUAGGGGGAGGCGUCGGCGGCAGGUCUCCGAUCGCCGACGCGAAAUCCAACAAACAGGUCCAGGAACUGGCCAAGUUUUGCGUGGCGGAGUAUAACAAGGGGCUCAAGGAGAAGAAGGCGGCCGCCGGGAACGGUGGCGGCGGCGGCGGCCCGAUCACCUUCUCCGAGGUGGUGAAGGCGGAGAAGCAGGUGGUGGCCGGCAUGAAGUACUACCUCCGCAUCACCGCCAAGACGUCCGGCGGCGCCACCAAGACGUUCGACGCCGAGGUCUUUGUCAAGCCACGCGCCACCGAGAAGGAGCUGAUCACCUUUGCCCCCUCCAAACUGGCUUAAGUUGUAAUUAGUACGUCAUGUUGCCCUCAUUAAUUAGUUAUUAGAUUAAUGGUUUUCUUUUCUUUAAACUUUUGUGUUUAAUUAAAUAGUAAUAAUACGGAACCGUGGUUUGCAUUUUGUCAACCACAGGUUUUUUUUUUCCCUUAUUUAAAUUAUUACUACGUAUUUACCUUAAUGUUUUACGAUACUUCUAAAUUACCGCGAUAAAAAAGUUUAUGGGUG